UUGGACUUUACCAAUCCCCGUUAAAAGAGAAACAAGAAUAUUUUUAGAAUUUCCACCCAUUUUAUAAAUAGAAGCAAAGCAGCUCGGAUCUCACUUCAGUUCAGAGUCAAGAACCCAACAUGACAGCUAAAUGCUAUUCGAAAGGUUCAGAAUACCCUAAACUGGAAGCUGGAAAAUUAAGGGUGUACAGUAUGAGGUUUUGUCCGUUUUCUGAAAGGACUUUGUUAGUAUUAGCUGCUAAAAAUAUACCACACGAAGUGAUUAAUAUUAACUUGAAGGAUAAACCCGAGUGGCUAUUUGAGAAACAUCCUCUUGGUAAAAUCCCUAUAUUGGAACAAGAUAAAAAAUUAGUUGCAGAAUCUAUAAUAUCAUCAGAUUACGUAGAUGAGAUUUAUCCGGACAACAAACUUACUGCUAAAGAUCCUUAUCAAAAGGCAAAAGAUAGAAUGGUGAUGGAAGUGUUUGGAAAGGUGACUUUAGCAAUGUCUAAAGUAUCCAGAGGAGGUAGCAGUGCAGGUGAUGCGUGGAAUGAUUUAAUAAAUAGCAUAGAUGAUUUUGAAAAAGAACUAAAAGACAGAAAGUCAACCUUUUUUGGAGGAGACAAACCAGGAAUCCUGGAUUAUAUGAUAUGGCCCUGGUUUGAACGUAUUCCAGUAGCACAAGCUUUAAAUCCUUCACUUUCAGAAUUCCCAACCGAUCGUUUUCCUACGAUAACAAAAUGGGUGGAAAAGAUGAAAGCCGAUCCUGCCGUAAAGAAGGUAUCUCUGUCACCCGAAAUGCACGUUGAAUUUAUCAAAAGCACCAAAACAGGAGAACCAAAUUAUGAUUUAGGAUUAUAAAUCUAUAAAACUAAAUGAUUGCCUUUUCAUCCUUUAAAAAUUAAUUAUUUUUUUUUUAAAUUAAAAAAAAUUUAAUAUAAUCUAUCAGUUUCUCUGCAUUAUCAAUGUGUUAUAUAACAUAACAGCAUUUACAGGAGCGGAUAAAUUUUUUAAAAAUAUUUGUAAACUUUUUGAAAUUUUUAAGUUCAAUAAAAUGAUACUGAUUUUAA